CAUGGUGUCAGUAAAAUGGCGGCUAUGCCAAGCUGCUCUGGAGCCUGUGCGCUUCAAAGAAGCCUAAACAAACUCCUGACGACUCCAUCUGGGUCUUUCAGAGUCAAAACCCAAGCUGAGCCGCUGUAUUUAGUUUCUCUUGAGCGCUACGGAAGAGACCCGAAUUUCGCCGUCCGUUUCCCGGAAAGCAUUUCUGUUUCGGACAGUCUGUACGAUGCUACUGUUACUGACGGAGACUGCAGAGUCAGAGUGUCUCUAGAGCCCAGUCUGAACGCACAGAUUCACAGAAAUAAACUCUGCUGCGGAAGUGUGGUGAGAAAUGUUGUGUUCUCUGCUAGUGGCGAAGGGGACAGCAGGACAUUUCACAUCUGUAGCCUCGAUGUGGACACUUCAGGCGGGAGCGACGCAGCUCUCCUUUCCCUGUCCUCUGUUCAUGUGGACUCACUGCCGUGGGUGAUGGCCGAGGAGCCCAGCCUCGUCCCGCUCAGAGCCCACAGGAGCACUUACCUCCCCCUGUGGAAUAAUCAUGAUUUCUGCGGGGAAACAUGGCGGCACACGCCUCCAUCUGAGACUGGCGCAGAGGACUCGGAGGAAGAGGAUGUGGUGGAAGAUGUACAGCCGGUAGUGUCUCUAGCAGAGCUCCGUCGGCGCUUCCUGAGUGGCUCACUACGUCGCAAAGGAGCUCUGUGUGUGCGGGUUCUGCACAAAUCCAGACUGAUGUAUUAUGGGAAAGCAGAGCAGAGCUGUGAAUGCCCGUACAAGGCCGAGCUACAGGUCGCUGACGGCUCCAUGAGUGUGUGCGUGGUGCUGUGGAACAGCAUAUGCUUAGACUGGUACCGUUGUCUGCAGCCUGGUCAGGUUUUAAGACUGUGUCGGUACAGAGUGAAGGACAGCUACAGCAGCCGGAGUGGACAAGAUGCAGAACCAAAUAUUGAGAUCAGUCUAAACUCCAGAAAUCCUACAGCUAAAGUCACCAUCAUUCCAAAACAGCAAGUUUCACCCGAGUGGGGUUUACCAGACCUGCCACAUAACUUCCUCACCGGACAUGAUCUACAAAGUUCUCCUGACAGCACCAUCUGCGACGUUAUCGGCGUGGUUGUUUUUGCGGGCCGACAAGAACGUAUCAGGAGUAAGGAUGGACGGAGGUCAGAAUUUGAAGAGUACCGGUGGCUCCGGUUGGAAGAUGGGACCACAGAUCAACCAAUCACCAUCAAGCUUUUUUCGACAUCGCAGCCAGACAUCCAAAGCCAAAUCCAACCAAUGGCACUGGUUGUCUGUACUAGGCUCAAGCUAUUAAGGAGUACAGUUGGCAGUGCUACAACUUUUGAGUAUUUGAGCAAUACUUCAUUUACCCAGGUGUACUGCACGGGCACCGGCUCCCACCACACUAUGCCAUACAGAGGGAUCCGUCCAGUCCGACAAUUCUUGCAGUGGUUGAAACAAGUGGACGAGGCCAACAUGCUGGACAGGGCUGUGAUUGGAGGAUACUUCAGCUACCCACCCCUGCCUGUUUUUCUACAAAGCUUUAUGGAAAACCGACGCGGUGAGGCAGGCCUGAUCAGUGGGGGAGAAAUGAAGCUCCAGUGUGACAGGCUACAUUACAGAGAGAGACAACGCUUUGUUGUUCAGUGCACUAUCACAGCAGCCUGCUACCACUGCAGACAGGAUAUGAGGGCGAUGCAGAAUUCAGACCCACUAACAGCUCAACUUAGUCCUAGAGCGCCCAGACAAAGAGAAGGGUCGGACCCUUUUAAAACUCCAACAAAAAGGAAAUUGCUCUUUACCGCUGCUUCUUCUAGCAGCAGCAGCUCCAGAAAGAGGUUGGCACCACCUUUUCAUCAAACAUCAACAGAGGAGGAUGCAGAGAACGAUUUCUCUAUGUUUGAUGGAGCUAUGGAAUUUCUGGUUGGAAAUGACGACGAUGAUUAUGAAGAUGAUGAUGACGAUGAAGAUUUCUCCAUGCCACCCAGUAGCCCUAUGCAGUCCCACCUUGGUAUGCCUCAUGUCGCCCUUGAGACAUUACCGUGGAGCUUCUGUUAUGAACGACGGCACGUCCAAGCAGCAGCUGUGGGAAUGCAGACCAACAGUUUCCACAGACUCCUCCCACGCAGAGAGCUGGAGUCCUUUAGCCCUGCCCAUUGUUACACUGGUUACUUCACCUUAAAAAUGAGAGUUUUAUCAGAUGGAGUGAUGCUGGAUGUCAUCUUCUUCCCUGCCACUCCUGGGACCUUGCACUGGAAGCCCCUACCCCUGACACACGACAACACAUGGGAGUCUGUCCUUUCACAUGGUGGCUUCUCUUCACAUGCUCCACCCCCAAGCCCAGCUGAUUUGAUUGCCACUGCAGCACAGCUGACGAAUCGGAGGCUGGUGUGUGUGCUGGAGGCUUGUGCGCUAGGUGGAGACAAUGUAGAGCUCAUCCUGAACCGUGCUUUUCCUCUAAGGAGCUGACUGCACACGA